CUGAGAUAAUAAUCUGAGGUAAUAAUUAAUCUGAAAUAGAUCUGUACGGAUUUAUAUAAAGUUUAAUAAAAUAUUACAGACGAUAUUUCGAGUAAUAGUGGUUGUCAUUCGUCUAGAGAAUUAGUUAGCGUUCAGAUUCAGAAAGAUGAUAUCGACACUACUACCACAUAUUCUGAAGAAUCGAAAAAAAUGGAGUUGAACGAAGUAAUUUCGUAUAAAGAUAUCGAUCGCGCUCUCGCAACGCAUAUCAAACGUUCCAUCGACAAGAUACACGAAAUAUCCACGGUUCUUCAAGGUAUUGUAUCUCGUGUAUUUUCAUUGGGGAGACGAGUAACGAUACGUGAUAAAAAUUUAAGGUGCCGGAGAUAAUCAUGUACAAAUUGUCAAAGAGUUCGCGAGGCAGCAGCAGGAGUUGCAAAAGAAGGACCUUGAGAUCACGGAAUUAAAGCAAAAAGUGGCGGAGCACGUGUUGCGAAGAGGUGAGGGUGACUGCGCGAUUCAGGAGCAGUUAAGGAAAAAGAUGUUGGAGAAGGAAAGGGUGUUGGAAGCUAUAAUAGAUAAAAGGGACUCGAAGAUCAAGAGGCUGCACGAACAGCUUACCGCGUUGGAGAAUGACAUUUUUUCUUAUCGCGCGGAAUGCAGUGCGUUGAAAAUCGAGAACGCCGAUCUCGUCAACAUAAAGAGCCUGCUUUCGAGGGAAAACGAAAUGCAGAGUGAGGAAAUACGAGCACAAAGAGAUCAGAUGAGUAAGUUAACUCAGCAGAUAGACGACUUAAAGCGGACCGUCGACGUUCUAAAGGAGAAAACCGAUAAUGUCGAGAAUAUGAGAAAAAAAUUGACGGAGCUGCAAAUGAAGAAUAAUGAUCUUACAAAUAAGCUUAUACAGGCGAACGAGACCAUCGCCAAAAACGCCGAAAUUAUAGCGGAGCUGGAGUCUAAGGACGAGAAGAAUAGGCUUGCUCUGACCCAAGGAAGUAUCAAAUAUGAUGCCAUGGUAAUGCAGAAGCGCAGCGAUAUCGUGAAGCUGCAAGACGAGACUCGAUCGCUGCGCGAUCAAUUAAGAGAGGCUGAAAUUAAACUCGCCUGGAGUAACGACACCAUACUAACAUUGAGGAGAGAAAGCGACAAUGCGAUGAGUAUCCUACAGGCAAAUCUGUCCGAUUUAGACACAGAUAAGGAGAGGCUGUUGACGAAGGUGGACUAUCUGAAGAGUGAAAUAGUCAGCUACCGGAAUUCCACUGCGAGUGUCGAAAGUAAAUUGCAAGAGUUGUCACAUGGAAACGAGACAUUGAAGGCAGACAUAGAGGCUGUAAAAAGUACUAACGAUCAACUGUUACGUACACACGAAGACACGGUUAAGUCAUCUCUUAAGGACACACUGUACACACUUCCCAAGAGGAUUUACGAGAAAAUUCUUCGUCUUCAAACAGAAGUUAGGAAAUAUGACGAGGAGACGGAUAAUAUAUCUGAACGGUGUCCAACCAAAGAAACUGUCAAAAUUGAAGAUACGAAAGAAAAACAUAAAACAAAAGUAUAUAUCGAUAAGUCUUGUCAACAAGAUGAAGAUAAAUUAGAUUCGGUCGCCCAAGAAGUAAAUUAUAAUACUGAAACCGUUGCAGAUAAGUUGAGAUUUCUCAAAAGACAAUAUGAGGAAAAAUUGCAAGAAAUGAAAAGUCUGAUGAAUGAUGUAAAAUUGAGAGAUUACGAAAUAAAGAACCUUCAAGAAUGUAUUACCUCUCUGUCGCAGGAGAAAAACAAUUUGCAAACAAAAGUCGAGUGCCAAAAGGAGGAAUACCAGAACAAAUUGAAGUUACUGAAGAAAAAAUAUGACAGUAGUUUGAACGCUUUUCGUAAGAGACAUAACGAAAAUGUCGAAAUGUUACAGGCGAGAUUUGAAGAUAUUAUGAAAAUCAAGAAAAGCCCGUUCAACCCGGAAGAUUGGUUGCAGUCACUAAAUUUGAAGGAACUGUCGGAUCUGCACAAUCGAAUUAAUAUUUUGAGUUCCCACGCAAGCGAGAACAUCGAAUCGAAUACGUCUCGUGCGGAAGCCGAAAAGAAUCACUGUAGUUAUCGGAAUAAUUCCGGAGAGCACAAGUUUUAUAAUAAAUUCACUUUACGUAAACAACACUCGAGAGAAAAUAGAAUAUCGUCUUUAAAUAAGAAAGCAAGUAAAAAAGAGUUUCCUUCUAAAAUCCUGAAUACUGAAAAUAACGAGAAAGUUAUUAUAACAGAGUUAUACUCUCGCGAUGUAAGCCUUGCAGAGAAACACAGUUUCCCUGAGGAUGGGAGGAAACAAACGGAAAAAGCAGAACUGCUCAAAGCUAAAACGGACAGAACCCUUGAUUGGCAGAGGGAGAAAUUUAUCUAUCAAUGUAGCAUACAUCAUAAAUUGAGCAACGCUCGUUGAUACACACAGAGGUAUUUUUAAUGCAAAAGAAGAUCUUCAGCGUGAAGAGGGAUAUAAAGUACAAAAUAUUUUAUCACUCUUAUACGUAUUACGGUAUUCCGCUAUCAUGCGCAGUGAUAUAUAUUUUAUA